AUGUCAGUCGGUGCUCAUCGUACAUUAACAAUUUCACCAAGUGCUGUUAAUUUUUCAACAUCAUCUAAAUCCGCAUUUGGUGAUCUGAUACGUGAAACAGUGUCAAAUUUGAUUGCGCCAUUUCGUAAGGAAUACAAAGAUUGGCCAUGGGCUGGAAUUGCGGUUGUUUCUGUUGUUUGUGUUGGUUCCUACUCAGUUUAUAAACUAUUACCAGGAUCUUAUCGACAAUUUUAUAUGUAUUCCACUGCUCAGUAUGUAGAAGAAUACAACAAAGCGUUACAUACGUAUAAAGAAAACUUAUUUUCGCAACUUGAAACGAUUAAAGUACAAAAAGGUGCCAAAAUGAGUGUUGUCGAAAUUGGCAUCGGAUCCGGUGCAAACUUUUCCUUUUAUCCCAGAGAUAUUGUUGAAGUGGUAGGUGUAGAUCCCAAUCGUGAAUGGGAAAGUUAUUUGACUGAUAUAUUGAAAAAAAAUCGUCAUGUAAAAUGUCCUGAAUUAUUGGUGGGUAAUGCGGAAAAUAUUUCGGUUAUUCGUGAAUCGCAAGUGGACGCUGUUGUCAGUACUUUGACAUUAUCAUGUGUGAAAGAUGUUGAUCAAGCAUGCCGAGAAGUUCGACGAAUUUUAAAGCCGGGUGGCUUAUUUCUUUAUUUGGAAAAUGUUCGUUCAGAAAAUGUUGUUAUUGCACUUAUUCAAGCGUUAUUUACGCCAUUUUACAAAUUAUUCUAUGGCAUGUCACUAAUAAGAAAUAUUCCAAAAAAUAUUGAACAUGCAAAUUUUACCAAUUUUUCACAACAAUUGUUCCAUGCAAAUGGAUUAACAUUUUUUAUGGCACCUCAUGUAUUAGGAGUAGCAAAAAAAUAA